GCCCUGAAUGCUCUGAGGAUGCAGCUUGGGGAACCGUCCUGGAGAGAGGUGUUGAGGUUUGCUGUGUUCUGCCGCUCCCUGACUUUGGUCCUCCAGGCUCUGUUCAACGCCCUCAUCCCGGAUCAUGCCGCAGAUGCCUUCUCUCCACCCCGGCUGGAGCCUGCCGGCCUGGGGGACCAGCUGGUGGAAUGGCUCCUCGGGGGCUUGUCCCGCUGGGACGCAGAGCACUUCCUUUUCAUUGCGGAGCAUGGCUAUAUCUAUGAGCACAACUUUGCCUUCUUCCCGGGCUUCCCCCUGGCCCUGCGCGUGGGGGCCGAGCUGGCACUGUGGCCGCUGCGGGGCCUGCUCACCCUCCGGAGUCGCCUGUUGUUGACGGCCGCCCUUCUCAACGGCCUGUGCUCGGUGCUGGCAGCCUUGGCCCUCUAUGAGCUGGGCUGUGUAGUGCUGGGCUGCCGCCGCCUGGCCCACCUCUCAGCCCUGCUCUUCUGCCUCAGCCCCGCCAACGUCUUCCUGGCAUCUAGCUACUCCGAGAGCCUCUUUGCUUUCCUGGCCUUUAGUGCCAUGAGCCAGCUGGAGAGGGGCCGAGGCAGCCGCAGCACGCUCCUCUUUGCCCUGGCCACGGCUGUGCGCUCCAAUGGGCUCAUCAACACCGGCUUCCUCGUCCAUGCCCAGUGCCGAGCCCUCAUCUCGGCUCCGUGUCCCCGGCAGGCCCUUCCUCGGGCCCUGUGGAAGCCGCUGCGGCUGGCGGCCUUGCUGCUGCUGAGAGCCCUUGGGGUCGGUCUGCCCUUCGCCCUGUUCCAGUACUAUGCCUAUGGCCAGUUCUGCCAGCCCCCCUCGGCCCGCCUCAUCCCCGAGCCCCUCAUCCAGCUGGCCGAGGACAAGGGCUACCGGAUCCCAGCGGGCGGCCAGCCCAGCUGGUGCACCUGGCGCCUGCCCCUUAUAUACAGCUAUGUCCAGGAUGUCUACUGGAACGUGGGCUUCUUAAGGUACUUUGAGCUGCGCCAGGUGCCCAACUUUCUCCUGGCAGGGCCCGUGGCUGUGCUCGGGGCCUGGGCGGCCUGGACCUAUGUGACUGCCAACCUCCAGCACUGCCUCACCCUUGGGCUCCUGUGGAGCAAGGGCAGGGCGGAUGAGAAGGCUAGAAAGCCUCCCUCUGGAUUCCACAGCCCCCGGGUGUUUGUCUAUGUGGCGCACUGCACUGCCCUGCUGCUCUUCGGAGCCCUGUGUAUGCACGUGCAGGUUCUCACCAGGUUCUUGGGCUCCUCCACUCCUGUCGUCUACUGGUUUCCAGCUCACCUGCUUCAAGACUGGGAGCCCCUGUUGUGGCCUCGAGAGACUAUGCCUGAGAAGGUGCCUGUAGUGUGCUCCCUGCUGGGACAAGAGACCCUAAAGAAUCCAGUUUGGGGACUUCUCUGCAAUUGGAGAGCUUGCUCGGGAGUCACACGGGCCAUUCUGAGCUAUUUCCUCUCCUACUGGCUCUUGGGACUGCUCCUGCACUGCAAUUUCCUGCCUUGGACAUGACCCAGAGCCCCAGAGGACAGCCAAGCUAUGCUACAGACUUUCCCAAGGGGCCAGGAACUAGUCAAUUGAGUUGUGAGACUACUUGAAAUAGAAGUCCUCAUCCACAAUGCUUUCAAAUGAGUUGGUUGAGAUGUCAAAGAAAAUGUUGGCCAUUGGAGAUUCUCUUUCUGCUCUGGGUACAAAUGGGAGAGUUACUUAGGCCAAAGUUUUCUUUCAUAUCCAAACUGAACCUGGAAAUCUUUCUGGUCAACUCAGUCAUUAAACAUCCCAGCUGCCCGCCGUAAGUGACUUGCAUCACAGAAUCUCAGAAUUGACAAGGAACUCAGGGGCUUGCAGCAGGCCUACUCACGCCCAAGUUCCCUUCCUCACUACUAUCUGUUCUCCACUUAAAGAUUUCUAUUGACUUGCUUGCCAGCACCCGCUUCCUAGUCAUCCCAGACCUUAUAAAGGCCU